CUUUAGAUUUGUCAAAAGUCAAAAUAAAAAUUGUUUUAUGAAACGGAGGUAACAUUAAAGAGAGCAACCGGGCAAAUAAGAGAGGAGAGAUAGAUAAUGAAGACACUAUGACGGGGACCCUAGAUAAAUCUGUGGAGGAACUAGUGGAUGAAUUUGAGGUGGGAUGGGAAGUGACCAAGAAGGGGUACUCAAAGAAGUUGGUGGAAUUUGCUUGUUGCAAGGCCCUAGCUAAGAUGUUCAGCAAUACACAUGAUGCUAUUCUUGAUAGUUUAUCUUAUAGCCGCUUUACUUUUAGUAUGAUGCUAGCUUGGGAGACACCUAGCUCAGCAGACGAAGAAUCAUAUACAUAUCAACAGGAGUGUGCCGCAAAAGAAAGGGAAGACAACCAAGUGCAAGAAAUAAAAACCAAUGAUGGAGGACAAGAAGACAUCUCAUUGUUCUAUUCAGACAUUAUGCCUCUCCUUGUUGAUGUGGAGCCAAGUGUUGGUGAAGAUGCAUUUGUGUGGCUAGCAACGCUUAUACCGAUGGCAGCGGAUUUCGUGAAUGCGCGCUUUACUUUCGAGACUCUUACAGCUUCUUCUGGCAGUAAACUCCACUAUCCUGCCUACAAUGUGUUCUUGAAACAGAUUGACAAAUGCGUAAGGCAUUUGCAGAAGCAAGCCAAACCAACCGCCAUAGAACUGGCAGAUAAUGAGUUUAUACUGCACGUGGAAGGAACCGCGACAUCGCAGAGAGUUGUGCGCCAUAUUAGAGGAACAAGUUGGCCUGGUAGGUUGACAUUGACAAACUAUGCUCUCUACUUUGAGGCUUCUGGAAUCAUUUCAUACGAAGAUGCUCUUAGGCUUGACCUCUCCAAGGACAAUGACCAGAGUGUAAACCCAGUCGCGACUGGUCCAUGGGGUGCUCCUCUCUUUGACAAAGCCAUAGUGUACCAAUCUUCCCAACUGCAAGAAGGUGUUGUCCUAGAAUUUCCAGAAAUAACAAGCUCCACAAGACGUGAACACUGGCUUGCGCUUGUGAAAGAGAUUAUGUUGCUUCACAAGUUUUUGAUGAAUUUCGAGGUCCAAUCCCAAGUAGAAUCAUGGGAAAUGCAUGCCAGAACAACAUUAGGAAUAAUAAGGCUUCAUGCUGCUAGGGAAAUGCUAAGAAUUUCACCUCCCCUCCCCAAAGGCUUCUUAAUCUUCAACUUGCUAGAUGAGCUACCCAAAGGUGAUUAUGUCCUUAAAGAGCUUGCAGGGAGUUUGAAGAUGGCCAAUAUUUAUCAUCCAUGCAGUGCAAGCUCAAUCUUGAAGACUGUUAAUGUCUCCCAACCAUCAACAUCCUCUAUAGAGACAGAGAUGAUAAUGGAUGAUGCCAAGGGAAGCAGCAGCCCCUUAUUAGCUCUGCCUGAAAAUGUUUCAUCCCUGGAGGAUGCAAUUUUUCAAGCAAGGGAGGAAGAAAAAGAAAUAAAUGUUGCUAAAGCUACCGUUCAGGGAGUUAGAGAAGAAGGGAUUGCUCACAAUAUUCUGGCUCUUCAAGGUCUUGUCAAACCAUUUGGAGCCUUGGUGCCUCGUUUCCAAGAGAUUAUCGCAUGGGAAAGGCCAGGAACCACUUCCAUGGUUCUUGUGAUAACCCUUCUAAUAAUAUACAGGGAGUGGGUUGGCAAGGCAAUGGCAGCAUUUAUACUAUGGGUAGUUGCUACAAUGCUGAGGGCCAGACAGCUAGGGAUAGCCAAUAAGCACAACAAGAUACUUAUUUACAUCGGAUCAGAUAAAACUGCAGUGGAGAACAUAGUGUCUGCCCAACAGGGUUUGAGAACUGCAUAUGACACCAUUCAACAAAUCAAUGUGGCAAUUCUCAAACUUCAGUCAUUGUUUGUUUCUAAAGCUCCAAAGCACUCGAGUAUGGUAAUGGCAGGGAUGAUUGGUGUCGCAGUUGUGCUAGCUAUGGUUCCAUUCAAAUUUAUCCUAAUGGGACUUGUAUUAUCUAUCUUCAUAUCAUAUUCAGAGGUCGGGAAAAGCAAGCAAAGCGACUGCGGAAACCGGCGGCUCAAGGAAUGGUGGGAUUCCAUACCGGUUGCUGCUGUUGAACUAGUGGAUGAGACGGCUGCCGAUAGUGUAUCUACUAUAAAAGCAAAUGUGUGAUAUAUAUAUAUAUAUAUGUAUAUAUAUAUAUACAUAUAUACAUACAUACAUAUAUAUAUAUAUAUAUAACUCUUAACUUUAAGAAUUUGACAUCUGACUCUUUAAAAAAAUGACAAGUGACUCUUUAAAACCUUGACAUGUGGGAUAUCUAUGUGACAUUAGUCUUUGACAAAUUCUCAUUUAUUUAGGUAAGACAAUCACAAAAACAAAAAAAGAUUCUUAGAAAUUUAUGAAAGGCAAUGAAUUACAAGUUAAGUA